AUGGCUCACAUAGUCGAAAGCAAGCCCGGACGACCGCCCCUAAAUACCAACAUUCUCUCUCGUCUAAUAUAUUUCACAGGCAAGAAAAUCCAAAAGGCUCUCGUACUCUUCUGGCUCUUCACUGUGGAUGACGCUGGAACCUUUGUUAUCCCUAACGUUGUGUUUGGUCUCUGCAGCGCUCUUUCGGCUCCAGUACUAGCCACACCUCAAAGCGACGCCGCAAGUAUACUCAUACGGCUGCCUCGGGUGAUAUUUUUCAACUGGUCCAAUCUUCUCAUAUUUGACCUAGCGAAUCAGCGGCUUCCGGAGUCGGCUCAGGAGGAUGCGUUAAACAAACCCUGGAGGCCAGUUCCUGGCGGGUUGGUUACAUCCGUCCAGAUUAGACGAGCUAUGCUUGUUUGGAUCCCGAUAGUUCUUAUCACGAAUCAUAUCUUUGGAGUCGGAACUGAAACGUCUCUAUUGUAUGUGCUUACGUGGUUAUACAACGACCUCAUGGGGGGUGAUGAGAACUGGAUCUGUCGAAAUGUCAUUAUUGCAACUGCGUUCUGGAUGUAUAACACCGGAUCUGCAAAGUUGGCCAACGGCGGCCAUACGGCACAUAUUACUGAAAAGGGAGAGGUAUGGACGAUCGUUGUAAGUGGGGUCAUCUUAACAACUAUGCAUGUUCAAGACCUUAAGGAUCAAGAGGGGGAUCGUGCACGCGGUCGUCGAUUGGCACCAUAUGUGCUCGGAGAUAGAGUUGCUCGGUGGACGAUAUCUAUCCCAGUUUUCUUUUGGUCGUAUUAUUGUACAUGGUUUUGGGGAGUAGGAAUGGCGGGCAUUGGCAUCGUUGUGCUUGGUAUGACUGUGGCUGUGCGCUGUCUAACUUGCUCGGGAAAACAUGCCGAUAGAAGGACUUGGGAACUCUGGGCUCUAUGGACUGCAACCCUCUAUAUGCUGCCUCCUUUACACCGAUUCAUGCAAGCCUAG